AUGGCGACACAUGCAUCAGCUGAACCUUCACGCCGUUCACCCAGCCCAGAUCUACAUGAGGAUGACGACUCCAUCAUUUGCAAUCAAGACGAAGCCGAGGCGAUUCUGCAACCUGCUCUAAGUGAAGCUGCUAGACAUCUCACUUCACAAAACACGCCUGCCAUUGAGAAGGCGCUGGCAUUGGACAAAAGCCGGGCUGGUUUGUUCGAUGUUCCCACUGACAGAACUGGUGAUACCAGUCCUGACCUUCCAUCUUCACCCGAGACAUCGCCUCAGGUACCGCAGUUCACUCCCCCAGCCAGGUCUCCCGUGCACACAUUGCAUGAGCCGCCUAAACAUGCUUUGCCUUCUCCGUGGCAAGCUCGGCCGAAACCACCGGCCACCAAAGGUCAUACAAGUAGACCAUCUGGAAGUAUCCUGGGAAACGCCUUAGCACCAGCUAGGAGUCGAUCCAAGUCUGCAGGACAGGAGGCGUUGAGGAGGCUUCAAAAAGCCCUGCCUUCUCUCACCCCACCUACACAUCUGUUACCUUCAAUGUCAAACUCGUUCUUCUCAAGCUCUCAGGAUAGAUCAAGUACGAGCAAUCCGGAUCCCUCAAGUUACUCAUCCCCAGCAACUCGCCAACAUUCACCUCGCAUUCCACCCAAUGCCCUUGGUGUCUCUCAGCCGUUAUCACGACAUAUCCAAGAACCUGCUCCUGCCCUUCGGGAAUCAAACGUGCCCUCGCCCCCUGUACGACCAAAGGUUCUGAGGCGAGUCACUUCUGACGAUAGUCGUCUAUAUCACAGUCUGUCCCGCACAUCUUCUCUUGGAGAUGACGAACGCUUCCAGGAUGUCCGUGAGAUGGUCAACAUUCGAUUCAUGGCUUUAAAAGACAGUCUUCCCGACGUGCCGAAUUUCAAAAUGCCUAGUCUCCCCAAACUUUACAACCAGGCACGAAAAUCAACGAACUCGCUCGGCGCAGCUCAUAUUCCUGACACGCCACCAAGUCAGAACCAAUUUUCCAAGGAGCUUGAUAUUGACUCGAAAGACGGUUCGGCUGUUCUUGACCGGGUCCUUGAAUCUCUUACCGGUGACUUGGUGAUCAUGGGGGGUUACCGUGGCUCUGUCUUGCGAUCCGCCGAGCCACCUUUCCAUCAGGUUUGGGCUCCCGUGAAACUCGGCCUCAACAUGCGCAAGGUCAAUCUGGAAGUCGGGUUGGAGGACGAAGAUGAAGAGCGCAUGGAAGAAACAAUCAAGCCCGAUGGCAUGUUAAAACAUAUAGGUCCCGUGGAUGUUUCGCGGAAGUUUAUCAAAAGGCUCCGUUCAUGCGACAACGCUAAGUCAGGCAAGCUGCGAAUAUGGGACUACGGUUACGAUUGGAGGUUGAGCCCCCAUUUGCUGUCUCGCAAACUGCAGGAGUACCUCCAGGGGCUGCCUUCUAACCAACGGGACACACCAGCUGGCUCUCGUGGAGCUCUUGUCAUCUCUCACAGUUUGGGUGGUAUUAUCACACGCCAUGCUGUCAAUCAGAGACCCGAUCUCUUCUCAGGGGUUUUGUACUGCGGAACGCCACAACGUUGCGUCAACAUCUUGAACCCAAUGCGCCAUGGAGAUGUAGUCCUCUUGAACGAGAAGCUGCUCACUGCGAGCGUCAACUUUACUAUGCGAACGUCCUUCGUUUUUCUUCCAGAGGACGGGUUCUGUUUUGUAGAUAAGAACACAGGAGAAGAGUAUCCUAUCGACUUUUAUGAUCCCCAGGAAUGGAUCAGGUGGCAUCUGAGUCCGUGUAUGCAGCCUGCUUUGCCGCCUCACAAUCGUCCGCAGUCCUCGUCUUUCUCUUCCUUCCUUCCAAACUCUCUGCGAGCUCGCGCCGAGAGCAAGAGCGAGAAGGGGCCCCCUUCGCCAACGGCAGUUGCUCAAGAACACAACCCUAUCGCACCGCAACUCAAUGGGAGUGGUGCCAAGGUGGAGGAACAGAAGCCUUCAGACUUGGAGCGAAAGCGUUACUUGGAUUAUCUCAGCCGAACUCUUACAGCAACUCGCAAAUUUCGUUCCGAACUCGUCCAUUUGCCCGAACACCAGGAAGCAAACGCCUACCCCCCUCAUGCGGUCCUUUAUGGCAAGAGUAUUCCUACGGUGUACGCGGCUCAAGUCACUAGCCGUGAGGGAAUCUGCUGCUCCGACGCUUACGAUGACCUUUUGUUUCGACCAGGGGAUGGCGUUGUAUUAGCGAAAGAGGCCAUGCUUCCGGAGGGUUAUUCUAUUGUCCGCGGUGGGCGGGUAUGUACUGAACGCGGCCAUAUCACCAUGCUCGGCGACCUCUCAGCUAUGGGAAAGGCACUCGAGGCAGUGAUCAGGGGCCGCCGGAAGGGCAUUGGCAUGGGGAUUGGCGGGAACAAAGGGAAGUAG